AUGAUGGAUAAUGUGUCUGUAGUUUCUACGUUGACUCUGUCAGGGUUCAAUGGCACGGCGAGCUACCGGGUCACUCUCUUUGCUCUCACUCUGUUGUGUUACUGUGUGAUUUGGCUGGUAAAUGUGACGAUUAUUGUGACAAUCAUUGUGGAUAAAGCCCUUCAUGAGCCCAUGUACAUCUUCCUUUGUAAUCUGUGCAUCAACGGACUGUAUGGGACUGCAGGAUUUUAUCCAAAAUUACUCAGUGAUCUUUUGUCUCCCACUCAUGUCAUCUCUUACACUGGAUGUCUUGCGCAGGGGUUUGUGUUGCACUCUUCAGCUUGUGCAGAUUUCUCGAUUCUUGUGCUGAUGGCCUAUGACCGAUAUGUGGCUAUAUGUCGACCUCUUGUUUACCACUCUGUGAUGACGAAGGAAAAAAUUGGCAUCUUUGUGUUUUUUGCUUGGCUUGUACCUAUUUAUCUGGUGCUGAUGGGCACAAUAACAACAUCAUUAUCAAGCUUAUGCGGCUCACAUAUACCAAAAAUAUACUGUAUUAAUUAUUUGGUUGGUAAACUAGCUUGUUCUGCCUCGAUAGCAAGCGUUAUUAUUCCAGCUUUCAAUUACACUUUUUAUUUUUUGCACGCUGUUUUUAUCGUUUGGUCUUACAUGUAUCUCAUCAAAAAAUGCAUUCUGUCCAAUGAGAACAGGAGCAAGUUCAUGCAAACAUGUCUGCCACACUUAUUAUGUUUAAAUAUUGUUUUGAUAUCUCUGUUUUUUGAUUUGUUGUACAUGAGAUUCGGCUCAAAGACGUUAUCACAAAGUGUCCAGAAUUUCAUGGCGAUGGAAUUCCUGCUUAUUCCUCCGAUCAUCAAUCCUCUCAUAUAUGGUUUCAAACUAACAAAAAUACGUGAAAGAGUUAUGCAGAUUUUAUCUUGGGAGAAGUAA